GGUUGAUUCUCUCUUUUCUUUCUCCGAGGAUUAUUCGACAUAUAAAUUUGUCCGUCGAUAUCUUUACGCAACAAGAUAUCAGAUUGAGAGACUUCUCAUCAUGACUAAAUUUCGUCCCUGUAUAGACUUGCAUUCAGGUCAGGUGAAGCAGAUUGUAGGCGGUACUUUAACAACUGCUUCAUCCGACUUGAAGACCAACUAUGUAUCGAAACUACCAGCUGGCCAUUUCGCAAAACUGUACAAGGACAAUGAUCUCACAGGUGCUCAUGUCAUUAUGCUUGGGCCUGGCAAUGAGGAGGCUGCAAAACAAGCUGUAGGAGAGUGGAAGAAUGGUCUUCAGGUUGGAGGUGGUAUUACGGAUAAAAAUGCCAAGCAGUGGAUUGAAUGGGGUGCUGAGAGGGUCAUCAUUACUUCUUUCCUAUUUCCUAAUGGGAAGUUCUCCCAGGAACGACUAAAUUCUGUAUUGGAGUCUCUUGGUGGUGAUAGAGGAAAACUUGUCAUUGAUCUGAGUUGUCGAAAGAGAGAUGAUACUUGGUUUGUGGCUAUGAAUAAAUGGCAAACCAUUACAGAUAUGGAGGUGAAUGAGGCCUCUAUCAAAUCCUUAGAGCCAUAUUGCUCCGAGUUCUUAAUCCAUGCAGCCGACAAUGAAGGGUUGCAAAAAGGUAUCGACGAACAACUCGUGGAGAAACUGGCACAAUGGUGUAGUAUCCCGGUCACUUAUGCUGGUGGCGGAAGAGACCUUCAAGAUCUUGACAAUGUCAAGAGACUGAGUGAUGGGAAGGUCGAUCUCACAAUCGGAAGUGCUCUGGAUGUCUUUGGAGGCUCCGGGGUCACAUUCGAUGAAUGUGUACAAUGGAAUCAGGAGCAAGUUGCUUCUUCAUAAAAUGCAUAAAUGCAUAAAAUCACAUGCAAACGCAAACGCAAAUGCCAAAUGCCAAAUGCCAAAUGCCAAAUGGGGUGUCCGAAUAUCUUUUUGCUAUUGUGUCCCGAGUCCAAACUGGACAUGUCGUCAGAUUCGUCACCCAUUCUUGCUUGUGCGGAUGGCUUUUCGCUUCUCCUUCCUAAAUUUGUGAUCUACCAAGCUAAGACUUCGUGAUUUUUACCACUUUUGACCCGUUAUAUUGCAUCGUCUUCCACUUGAUUCUCUGCAUAAAUGACCCAGAAUGUUCGCCUGUUCGAUCUAGUCUUGCUAAACUGCAUUUCUUACGUUUGGCCCAUUCGAAGAACUUUUCUGCUGCAUGAGGUGUGUGGGGAAUCACACCGCGAUUCUUCAAUAUCAUUUGGCGGCCUUAGGAGUGAACCUCCGAAGGUACAGCAUUGGGCCCCACCAUCAGCAAAUGCCCAGCUUAUCGAGCUCGUUCUUCGUAGCAUAACCCGCCCCCUCCCAGCCCUUUCCUUCCAACUUUCCCUCCAACUUUCCAGCUUACUGCUUCUCUUUUCCAGUAAAUCGCCAAGUUCUAAUAGUCGCGGAUGUGAAAAAAAUGAGGCUCCAAUCGUCGAUGGUCCGAUUCAGCUCGAGGCCUGAGAAGAACCCGUUACCACCAUUACCACCUUUGACAUGCAUUGGAGUAUGUAUGUCGAAAAAUCUGUUGGCCCGGCGGUUGCGAGAGAAUCUGGGCGAUCGUAUCCACCGCCUCGUUUUUACCCACGAAUGAGGAGAAACACGUGGCAUCGCAACAGUAGGUACAUGAAACCUGGAAACUUUACCUAGAGAAGUGAAGUGUUUCUUUAUCGCCCAAUACACCCUCACA